UCUGCAAACAGCGGCCAUGAGGAGCUCAUCUGGCCGGAGUUCCUGCAGGCAGAGGAUGUGAAGAAGUUCUUCUCUCAGAGAUCCCGAGGAGUCAGCGACCCCGCAAGCCCUCAUUAUGAAGAGAGAUCUGGUUUUCUUAAUGACUCCAAUUAGCCUGGCCUUCCUGUCUUUGCUAAGAUCUGGAUUUCCUCAACAUAUUGCGGAAGAGUCCUGCUCUGUCCAGAUUCUUGUUCCAGGCCUCAAAGGGGAAGUCGGAGACAAAGGAGAGAAAGGGGCUCCAGGCCGGCCCGGGAGAGUCGGCCCCCCGGGAGACAAAGGAUAUAUGGGAGACCAAGGACAGAAGGGCAGCGUGGGUCGCCAUGGAAAGAUCGGUCCCAUUGGUUCAAAAGGUGAAAAGGGAGACCCGGGGGAUGUGGGGCCAACCGGGCCAAAUGGAGAACCAGGCAUCCCCUGCGAGUGCAGCCAGCUGCGGAAGGCAAUCGGGGAGAUGGACAACCAAGUGACCCAACUAACCUCCGAGUUAAAAUUCCUCAAAAAUGCACUGCCCUCCCCCGCAGCUAUUGCUGGUGUGCGUGAGACGGAUAAUAAGAUUUACCUGCUGGUGAAGGAAGAGAAGAGGUUCGUGGACGCCCAGCUGUACUGCCAGGGGAGAGGCGGGAACCUCUGCAUGCCCAAGGACGAGGCCACCAACGGCCUGCUCGCCGCCUACGUCAACCAGGCCGGGCUCAGCCGAGUCUUCAUCGGCAUCAACGACCUGGAGAGGGAAGGGAGUUUCGUCUACUCGGACUGUUCCCCCAUGCAGACCUUCAACAAGUGGCGCGACGGGGAGCCCAACAACUCCUACGACGAGGAAGACUGUGUGGAAAUGGUGGCCUCGGGCGGGUGGAACGACGUGUCCUGUCGCGUCACCAUGUACUUCAUCUGCGAGUUCGACAAGGAGAACGUCUGAGCGACGACGCGGCCCCUGCCUCUGUGUAGGGACUGUCUCUAUACGUUGCCAAUUUGUACUUCCCAAGCGCUUAGUACAGUGCUCUCUGCACGUAGUAAGCGCUCAAUAAAUACGAUUGAUCGAUUGCCGGGCUAGGCCCGCUUCCCAGCCGCGUGGCCCGUCCGGUCGCCGCGCAAGGCCGUGAACGGGAGCGACGUUUCCCGACGAAGGCCUUUGCAAGGCUUCGGGGAAAGAAGACAUCGUCGUCGGCCGACGCUCGAGUCGACGUUCCCUGUUUAGGGGCCCCCAAAAUGUUACCGCUCUUUCUGGAAAAAGUAAAGCUGUGAUAUCUUUCUAUAUUA